ACCGCUAUACGUUGGGAUUCUGACAUGUUUACCGCAGAGGAGUCCACACCAAGCAGGGUGAAAACUUGAUAAUACCUCGGGGCAGAAAAAUAAAAUACCAUGGCUGCUGUCAGUGGCACGUUCUGCCGCUUGUUUGACAGACACAGCAGUUUAAUUAAUUUCAGAAAACUCUUCGCACUGUGCGUCAACGGGAACGUGCAGCGGCCGUUUUCCAGUGCUACGCACAAGGAAAAUGAAGUUGAACUUGGGGACUCGACUUUAGCUGCUCCCUACUUUGCCAGGUCCAGGUCAAAACAGGAGAGGCUGAGAAACGACAACACACUACCCUUUUCAGCGUUCUUGACUGACAACUUUGGCCGGAGGCACAGCUACCUACGCAUCUCCCUGACAGAGAAGUGCAACCUGCGCUGUCAGUACUGCAUGCCAGAGGAGGGUGUGAAGCUUACGCCACGGGGCCAGCUGCUGUCCACCUCUGAGGUUCUCAAACUGGCUCGCCUCUUCGUGCAGGAGGGGGUGGACAAAAUCCGCCUGACUGGAGGAGAGCCCCUUAUCAGACCUGAUGUGCUGGAUAUCAUUGCAGAACUGAGGAAGUUGGAGGGCCUGAAAACCAUUGCGAUAACAACCAACGGCAUGAACUUGGCCAGGUUUCUGCCCAAGCUGAAAGAUGCCGGCCUUGACCUGAUUAACAUCAGCCUGGAUUCACUGGUUCCUGCCAAGUUUGAGUUUAUUGUCAGGCGAAAAGGUUUCCACAAGGUCAUGGAGGGCAUUGAUAAGGCCAUUGAAAUGGGCUACAACCCUGUUAAGGUCAACUGUGUGGUCAUGCGAGGCCUCAAUGAGGACGAGCUGCUAGAUUUUGUGGCGCUGACAGAGAAGAAGCCACUGGAGGUGCGCUUCAUCGAAUACAUGCCCUUCGAUGGCAACAAGUGGAACUUUAAGAAGAUGGUGAGUUACCAGGAGAUGCUGGACCGUAUCAGGCAGCAGUGGCCCAAGCUGGAAAGGGUUCAAACUGGACACACAGACACCGCCAAGAUAUUUAAAGUGCAAGGCUUCAAAGGUCAAGUGGGCUUCAUCACCUCCAUGUCUGAACAUUUCUGUGGCUCCUGCAACCGCUUACGCAUCACUGCAGAUGGCAGCCUCAAGGUGUGUUUGUUUGGUAACUCUGAAGUGUCCCUCAGAGAUGUCUUGCGCUCUGGGGCAUCAGAUGAAGAGUUACUGCAAAUCAUUGGAGCAGCCGUGGGCAGGAAGAAGAAACAACAUGCAGGCAUGUUCAGUAUCUCCCAGAUGAAGAACAGGCCUAUGAUCCUCAUUGGCACCACAUCCCAGAGGCCUUCGUCUCUGCCAGUGUCACCAGACAGCCAGAGGGCUUUCCCCAUUGUUUCCCAGCUUACAGACGACACAUUCCUCUCUCCAACAGCAGCGCCUCACAUGUGUCAUUCAGGCAGCAGGAGGGUCCUGCAUAGAGAGGGGUUUUUGUGCCUUCCAGAUUGCACUGCUUCAACACAGGCAGCCCAUGUUUGCUGCUCUAGAACCUUAAUGAGUGGGGGUGCCCAUGUUAGGUCACAUAUCAACAAAGAAAAACUUAAGGCGACAGACAACCUCCACAGUGUAGCACCGCUUCACUCCUCUGAAUUUGGUAGUGGUCUCACUUUCACCAGUUGUCACACUAAGACUGCAAGUUUUACUACACGCACAAAUGACAUGAGCAACAUUAAUGAAGACUGUCUCAGGUACGCACAAGCCAGGGGUCCUGAAGCCUUGAAGAGCCACUUACUCAGGACGCCAGGAACACCUAUUUUUUGCAAACUAAUGAACGCCAAAAUGAAUCUGAAACACCACAGUGUUAGACUGUGCCACAAUCAGAGUUCCAGCGAAGACCCCAGCAUCAAACUCAGACCAUCUGUGAGUGAUCAGACCAAGACGGGCACAAAUGUGUCCAACGCUCCCCUGGAUGAAACCAGCAAAGCCCAGCUGACGCAUACAGACGCCCAGGGCCGAGCCACCAUGGUGGAUGUUGGGGGUAAAGUCCCCACAAGUCGAACAGCCACAGCCUGCGCCACCGUCGUCUUGGGCCCCACCGCUUUCCGGCUGCUUCGGGAUAACCAGCUGGCUAAGGGUGACGCCUUGGCGGUGGCGCAGUUGUCAGGCAUCAUGGCUUCCAAGCAGACCUCAACCCUUAUUCCUCUCUGCCACCCGCUCCCCUUAGACUGCGUCUCUGUUACCUUUGACUUGGAUGAGCCGCAGAACGCUGCACUCAUCACAGCAUCUUGUAGCACUACAGGCAGGACAGGAGUUGAGAUGGAGGCUUUGACAGCCGUUUCUGUGGCAGCGCUGACUGUCUAUGACAUGUGCAAGGCAGUGAGCCACGACAUCAUCAUCACAGAUGUAAAACUGAUCAGUAAGACUGGAGGGAAGAGGGACUUCCAUCGUCAUCCUUCACCACCUCCCCUACCAAUGAAUCCAACACAGGAAAACUGAGAAUGAAUGCACUGAAAGCAUCAAGAUUGUCCCAACUUUCACUGGCAUGGUCACAUUUUUCUACAAGCGAAAAUUUAUACCAUCCAGUUCAUUUGAAGGUUGUUGUAGUCUCAUAAGAAAUUCUACACACAGGUUUUACCCCCAUCCUGCCAACCUCUGCCUGCAGCUUGCUUGAUUGCCAACUCCAGUGACAUUUUACCAGUUGAAUUACUUCGAGUGUCACUUAUCCCGCACAAUAUGAGUUCAAGUUCAAGUGCUCUAUUGUUACUCCCAUUGUACACACUUGACAUGUAUUGUUCUCCGCAGUGCAACAUAUACGACAGAUGAGACUUUAAAAGUCACUUAAAGCAGAUGAACAAUGGUCAGCCAUAGUCGCGUUUGUGGGAUCCUCCGUUUUUCCUGAGCGUUCAGGAUCCUGGCGACUUAGGGCAAGAACAUGUUGCAUAGUCCAGCAGACUUGACACGGAUGCUGUGGGACCUCCAUCCAGAUGUUAGGGGGGCAAAAAGAUGGUGAAAGACACACCAAGCUCUGUAGAUGUUAGCUAUGGCAGGGAGCGAGACAAGGGAGACAUGAAUCAUGUUAUCCAAGCAGUGUUCAUGUUUGCUUUGAUUUAGCAAUGCUUCACAAAUAAUCUCAGUGUCACACACAAGAUUGUUUAUUUCUUGUCAACAUACAAUACGUGCAACAAGUGGAGCGUUCAGGGUUUAGGCAGUGUUGUAGUGUCUUUUUUUCUCUAGAGGGCACUCAAGUAUUUCGUUCUCAAGCCUCCCUGGAAGUUUUUCAGCGAACAAACUGAGGACAGCCUCAACACUGUUGAAUGUAUUUAUCAUAGUCUACAUAAACUUAACGAAUUCCAUUUAAAAUGGAGCUGGCACAGGUUAAAGUGGGUCGGAAUGAUCUGGAACAACGCCCCCAAUGAAUAAGAUGGCCUCAAUAAGUCUGAUUGGCAGUUUCUUGCAUAAUAAUGCAAGUUCAUUUUUGUAUUCUGCAGCCUGGCAUUCCUUCCAGCUGAUGUCAUCGAGAUACUUAAUCAACAAAUCAUAAAAUAUUGUCCCCACAGCCCCGCCCCCACACUCAACACUCACACUGGGAUAAAUUCGAUUGUUCGAUUGACUGUGUUCAUUCAUUUAAACUUAGCUCAGAAUGCGGAGUAUAAUUGUAUGAACAUGAAUAAUUAAUAUGAUUGACCUGCCUGGUGAAAUGACAGCUGAUGCAGCGUUCAUGUAUUGUUUGUCAUAUUCAUUUUGUCAUUGUAACUGUCGGUAUGAACCUCUCUGGUCUGCACUGUGGACCAGCAGUUCUAACUGGAAUAUUGCUAUUUUUGUAUUAUUGCAAAUAGUUGUUCAAUGUGCACCCGCCUCAUCGCACUGCCCUUUUUUUUUGAAGAAUUAAAUGCAAACUGUGAGUCGCUGAA